UAUACAAAGUAUUUCGUGUAUUGCGCAGGUAAUAUAAAAAGCAAGCGCUUUUCUUUUCUGUAUCAGAAAAGCUAAUAAGAAUUAAAGUAAGAUGCAAUAAUAAACAGUUCAAUUCCAUAUUUGCCAAAGCCCGUUCAGGGCGCUUUUCUAUGUUUUCUGACCCUAUUUUCUAUCCGUAGAUGCGGUUCUCUCGCUUCCUCCGUGAUUAUUGAUAGUGACAUGGCGGUAACUCCGGCAGGGAUGGCGGUGGAUGUUCAGGCACGAUUUGGGCAUUCGGUGAAAGGACUGCUGACCGAAAAGGUGACCAACUGCGGUACGGAUAUAAUCGCUCUCACUAAACAGGUGCUCAAGGGCUCCCGAAGCGCUGAGUUCCUAGGACAAGCUGCCAGAAAUAUGGUGAUGCAAGAGGGUGCCAUUCUGCACUCUGAAGAUAGUUUAAGAAAAAUGGCUAUUAUUACUACUCACCUACAGUACCAGCAAGAAGCUAUUCAAAAAAAAAAAAUUGUUGAACAGUCUUCAAAUUUAUGUGAUCAGCUGAGCCAUCUGCUGAAAUGAAGAGAAGAGUUUGUAAGAGGUAACAAACAGCUGGAAAAGUGUGGAAGAAAAUACACAGUGGGGGUUUACGGAAUACCUUUCCCUGUUCUACAGAUGCACUAUAAGACUGAGUCAAAAGUCAUCUCCCAGAUGUAAUGCCACAAAGUACGUGCUUUGUUCUAUAAGAUUCUGAUCUGGAAAUGUGGACAAUUUUUAAAUUACAAACGUUACCUUUAUAAGAGGGUAGGUACAUUGGUGUAUUAAAUUGCAGUUUCUGUAUGUUGAUGCCUGUUACUCUUUAGCAGCACUGAUUUAUUUAAGAAUUAACAUCAUUCUAAAUAAUCAAAUACAUCUUGUUCUGGUUUUGAGUACUUCAAGAGGGGAAUCUUUCCUCCUUUCAGACUGUUUGAAAACUCACAAAUGUAUAGUGUAAAUGCUUUUCAUAGUAUAGAAAACGGAUCAUAAAAAACAUACAGUUAAUCCUCAGCUUAUAAUUAUUCAUUUAAUAAAAAUUUGAAACUACAAUAGAUUUGGAAAAAGUUACUUAGGACCUGUACUUGCACUUAUGACCAUCGCACCACCUCGUGGUCACAACUGCAAUUCAGGCAUUUGGCCACUGGCUUGUAUAUACAGCCAUUUGUAGCAUGAUGCAUUAUUAUGAUUUGCAACCUUUUUGGUUGUUUUUUGACCAAAAUUGCCCAUUGGAAAAGCUGGAUUUACUUAAUAACCAUGUAAUUUGUUUAAUGUCUACCAUAUUUUUUUUUGAAAACUGGGUCUGACUGAACUUAUGACCACAACCAUUUAUGACACACGUUUUGGUCCCAAUUUUGGUUGUAAAUCGACAACUAUCUGUACAGGUCUAGUUGAAAUUCCCAUAUUUAUUAUUUACAUCUAUAAUACUGGCUUGAUUUAUACUGGUCAUGAUGGUUUUUUCAACUGUGCCCUUGUGGCUAUAAGCUAGUUAAAGCCUAGUAUAAUGUGAAAACUUAGCCAUUCUUUUGAGGAGGAUAACGCUCAGGGCAUACUACCUCUAAUUCAGGAGUAAAAUGUCUGCUCAUAUAGCAAAAGUUUUAUUGUAUCCUAUACAGUGCUGGUAGAGAAUUAAUCUUUGUGUGAUUUCUAUAUGUGUGUAAUUUUUUGAUUUAAUAAUUCCAUUUUUGCUAAGAAGCCAGAGUGGUGGAGGAGAGUGGUGCUAUUUAACAAUUGCACUUUCUAAGUAUUUAUUCUUUUCUGUCUUGCAAAAUCUAUUCAUUGACAUUCUGAGGACCUCAGAGGGAAUAUCUAACUUCAAGGAAAGUACAUGUUUUCAAGGUUGGAUUCUUUGUUUCUUCCAGUCUUAUCUUAAAUUAAUGAGGACACACAGUCUGUUUGAGUAGAAACCUGGGAAUUUACUUAUAUUUGCUUUAAAUUCCUAAUUUAAGCAAGUUUCCUUUUAAAAAAAGGCUUGCAUGCUUUGUUCUGUAACAAUGCUUACAUUUAGAGUAUAAUCUUGUACAUACUAAUAAAUAUAUAAGCAUAAUGGGAUUUAUCUUGAAGUAAACAUAGAAUUCUGUUAUUUCUCCUUAUUUCUUGUUGCAUAAUCUGUUAUGUGAAUAUAAAAUGUGAUGAAA